UUUUUUAUACUUUUAUAAUCAUGCAUAGAACGGCAGUAUUACCUGGCUUAAUAUUUACUCAGAUAUUCAUGUAAAUAAUAUUCAAAAUAUGCAAUGUACCAAAGCAUUUUUUUAAAUGAAAUGAUAACUAAAAUAAUAAAAAUAAAAAGAUGGAUGACCCUCCUGUAGGUCAGGUGAGUAAAAACAAACCGUUUGUCAAGCUCAGCAUGUUUAUCAGCCCAGCACUAACAGGAAACUCAUAAUAUUCUCAAUGGGAGCCGGUGUUUCAGUGUUUGUGGCUCCCGUCAGAUAUUCUGUUUAUUAAUAGGAGCCUGUCGACACACAAGGUAAAUCCCUUUAAAUAUGUUUAUUUUUCUUUGAGGUGUAUUUCAAUUUGCGCUGCUUCGGAACAGUGGAAGAGCUUUUACAAUGCAGGUUACACCGGAAGUCCCCUUUAGAUUGUCUCUAACGUGACGUCUAAGUGCAUCCUCGGCUCAGUUUAGUGUCUCUGGGAUGCUGAGCGGGCAGGCGGGGCCGUGUUUGCUUGCAGAGCCCUGCCGUGGAGUGAUGUAGCAGGACGCACUGACACACAGGACACAGAGACGCAGAGAGGACGUCUGUUAGAAAAAGAAAACCCCCCAAAACAAAGUCGUUCAGUUUUGCGGCUGUGUUCCCUGAAAGCGCGAUGGGUUUCCACACGAAGCAAAUUUGAGCCACGAAGCCUCCGUGAAGCUCGGACAUCUUGGUUCACUGACAGCACAGAGUGGACUAACGUCUCCCCUCCGUCCGAGCCACCGUCCGAGGACACCGUGCUGUAGCGGAGCUGUGAGCUCGGCUCACCAUGGCGUGGCCCUGCAUCAGCAGGGCGUGCUGCAUGGCCCGCUUCUGGAACCAGCUGGACAAGGCUGACAUUGCGGUGCCUUUGGUCUUCGCCAAGUACACGGACGUCUCCGAGAUGCAGCACAUCCAGCUGCAGCCGCAGCUACACCCUCCCCAGGCCCGAGUUGCUAUAGAAACGCAGCCGUCUCGCGCAGAAAGCCGCGCCGUUCCGACUGCACGCGCGCCGCGAAGGUGCGUCUCCGAGGAGCGCGUGUGCAGCUCUGUGAUGCGCGAGGACUUUAAGCACUGGAAAGUGCGUCCCGAACCGAGCUGUAAGCCCAAGAACGAGUACCACGAACCGGAAACACCGUUCAACAGCGAGACCCAGUACCAGAAGGACUUCAAGCCCUGGCCCAUCCCGAAGAGGUACGAUCACCCCUGGAUACCCAAACCGCCUCCGAGUGCCUCCGCGGGAGAAGAUCGCACACCGGCCAGGUCCAAGUACCCGAAAAAGCACGUGGUGCUGGCGGAGGCGGACAGCGGCGUUGAAAAAAGCGCUAUAGCCGACAAGGUCCAGGAGAAGGACCUGCUCCAGGGCCAGGAGAGGAAAAAGCGUGCCAGCAAGAAGGAGGGGGAGAAGAAAGUGGUCCUGAAGGGGGAUGGAGAGGGCAGAGGGAGGGCGGCGGACGCCGUGAACAGACAGAUCAAAGAGGAGAUUUCAGGCGGCAGCUCCUACAAAACUGAAUUCAAAGCGUACAGAGACGUGAAGCCAGUAAAGAUGAUACGGGCCAAGUCCCAGUACCUGCCACCGGAUGAAAAGACGAGCUUGGAAACCAGCUACAGUGCGACCUUCAAGGCCCAGUUCCCGCUGCAGCCUGCUGACAACAAGGCCGUGGAGAGGAGGAGGAUACGCAGUUUGUACAGUGAGCCUUACAUAGACCCCGGCAAACAGGUUGACAGGUAUAGUCUCCCUCGCUCUAAAUCCAAAAAGUCUGGAGCCACAGCAGCAGGCCAGAGCAAGCCAGCGAAGAAACCCAAAGAUAAGCAGAGCACUGUGCUGAGGGGCUCCAAGAAGGCGACCUCAGAGAACCAGCCCGAGAACCGGCCUUCGGUGGGGGACAAGGAGAAAAGUAAAGAGAUGAACAACAAACUGGCUGAGGCAAAAGAGGUUGUGCUAAAACAGUACCACUACAUACAACUCUGCCAGCCAAUCCGAGAUAUUGGCUGGGUGCAGACUCUAAAGCAACACCUGUGGGGCUGUGCACUUCCCAAUCCCAGAGAUGCUAAAGACGAGGUUCUCCGACCCAGUAAUCAUCAUUCCCAGGAUGCUGCUGGAGGAGAACCACAACCACCGCUGGAUAGACCCGGACCUCGGAGAAGUGGCGUCGUACGCUUUGCCGUAGAUAUGAACCAGACUGAGUAAUUCUGCCAGGACUGAGGCAGAUGCAUCUUUAUGCAGAGACUGCUGCUCUGUACUGUAAAUAUCUAGUAUUUAAGUUGGACUAGAAAGAAAGAGGUGAAUCUCACCAAACAACAAAAAAAUUAAUACAAAUAAAAAUACAUUGCUAUCCGGGAGGAUUUCCACGUAAUUGAGACACGCAUGUUUUAAACAGCUUCAGAGGUUCCAGCUGUUUGACCCACGGCAUUAUUGCAAAGGUGCUACAUUAUUAUUAUUAUUAUUAUUAUUAAUAUUAAUAUUUUGGUUUCAUGCAUUUUAUUUUAUGUAAGUCUAUUAGUAUCAAUACCACACCAUAAAGUGCUCAACAGCUACAAAAUACUGUACUGUAUAUUGAUGGGUUUUAGUGUAAAUAAAUCAGCAGAACUUGCA